AUGUGCUGUGGCACUCGUUCUGAGACAAGCCGCCCUCAUCGCUCAGCUGUGAGACUGAGCGCGCUGCGUUUUGGCGCCCGCUCAUGUGCACAUACUUUGAUUGCACUCGUGCAUCAAGUUGAAUUUCGCAUGUGCAUGCAUGCAUGUACAUGGAAAUGCCACAAAAUUGCUCCCUUUUUCAGCGCUGCAGUGAUGGGUGUUGCAAAGCGUGCUGAUGCUGAGGGGUAUGGCAGUGAAUGCGUGCACUGCUUUCUGGGCUGCGCUGCAUUGGAACACAAUAUCGUGGAUCGUAUGUUAUGGGCUGCAGGACGUAGCGCCGACAGCAAAAGCGUCGUAACAGGCAUGGCAAGUGCUGCAUACACUGGCAUGGGCAACGCUGGUACAGGGUAG